AUGUUGACCCGCAAUACCACCACAUCUCGCAUAACCAGCGCCAGUACCAGUGUUACUGGCAGCCAUCCCAAUCAGGACAACAGAGAGUGGACGCAGACGAUGUCGUCGGACGAAAGCGAGCCAGGAAGCUCGAACAACGACUCCGACUCGGACGUGUCUGUGGUGGAAACCCGGAGUCGCAAAAGGCGAAAGACUGGAUCGAAACGAGGGUACUGUAUGUCCAGUUGGCGAAAACGACUUUGGGCACGCCAAGCCAAAGCUUGCAAUCCUUGCCGUCAAAUCCAGCAACGUUGUCAAGAGCCCGAUCCGGACAGCUGCCAGCAACGUUGUGGCUAUUGUCACGAGGAGAACGAAACACAUGUUUAUCAUCACAACGAGGGAUUGGCUAUUACAAGGGUUAGUCAUUGGGCUAUGUACAUUGUGCAGGGACACACCGAAGCUGAGGCGGAUGUGCUGGUUUAUCGAGACCUGGCUUCUUUUGGCGACCCAGCUGCAGAGAACAGCAGAGAGACAGGCAUUGCUGCCCCAACAGAAGCCACUCCACCAGGCCAGCCGUCAAGCCCUGCAACCUCCAGCGUCCCCUUCAAUGGACCGACCAAUCGUGUACAAAAGCCAGACAACGGCUGGAUCUAUAACGACGUUCGUACCAACUCCUAG